AUGGAAGUUAACAAGGACGAGGCACAACGGUGCAUGGACAUCGCACGGCGCCACCUCAGCUCUGGAAACUACUCGAGCGCAAGAAAGUUUGCCACAAAGUCCAUCGCACUCUUCCCCACCCCCGAAGCAAAGGCCUUCCUCACCAGAGUCGAUACCCAAGAAGCUGCAUCCACAUCCUCCCCUGCAUCCAAUGCCUCUUUUUCAUCAACCUUCUCGCCAUCCACGGAACCAUCCUCCUCAACCCCCAGCAGCACAAAGAGUUCACCCAACCCUGGAUCUUCGUCGGCAGGGUCCCGUACUCGUCCUGAAUCUGUUCCUCCACGACCCCGCUCUACUCCUGUGGAACAUAAGCCUGCAGAGAGAGAAUAUACCCCGGAACAGGUUGCUGCUGUCAAGAAGAUUCGGUCCUCGGGAGGGGACUUUUAUAAGGUCUUGGGGAUCAACAAGGAUGCUUCUGAAGCAGAUAUCAAGAAGGCUUACCGCAAGUUGGCACUGCAGAUGCAUCCUGACAAGAACAGCGCUCCAGGGGCAGACGAGGCAUUCAAGAUCGUGUCGAAGGCAUUCACAGUGUUGAGCGAUCCCCAGAAGCGUGCCAUUUUUGAUCAGCAUGGACCAGAGGACGGCAAGAGCAGCGGAGCCAACUAUGAUCGUGCUUCCCCCAUGGGCGCACAGGGAUUCGGCGGCGGAAUGCAUGGCAUGAAUGGAUUCGGAGAAGAAGUCUCCCCAGAGGAGCUCUUCAACAUGUUCUUUGGCGGCGGCAACUUUGGCGGUUCUUUCCAUUCGGCGACGUUUGCAGGACCAGGAUUCGGAACACGCCAGUUCCGCACACACCCACAGCAGACGCAGCAUAGACAGCAUCGUCAACAUGCACAGCAGCAGCAAGGGGGCGGAGUGGGCGGCGGCACAAGUGGCUUCUCAAGCCUCUUACAGAUCUUGCCCCUAAUCCUCUUGUUUAUCAUGUCGAUGGCUUCCAACUUCUUUUCCGACAGUGAUUCUUCAUCUACUGCAGCGUCACCAGCGUCAUCGGACUUCUCAUUGGGACCUCACGGAUCAUACCAGGCGGCGCGCUUCACGAGCGCUCACCAUGUGCCUUACUUUGUGAAUGAGCGGAAAUUCAGGAGCUCGUUUAUGGCACCCGGAUCGGACCAUGUAGAUAUGAACCAGGUGAUCAAUGGGAUGAAGGUGCGCCAGAUCCUGACGCAGUUGGAGGAGAAUGUCGAGACGGCAUACUUGAGGCAUUUGCGGACCGAGUGUAUCAACGAGAGGAAGCGGAAGGAGGUUGCACAGAACCGGGCGAUGGGCUUCUUUGGACCGGAUAAGAAGAUGUGGGAGGCUGCUCAACGGAUGACGACGCCGAGCUGUGAUACCAUCCGUGAAAAGUUUGGCUACAAUGUGUAG